UAACUAGUGGAAUUAAUGUUGAACAAAGUCCAGACUGUUGGAGGAAAUUAUUGUACUUUCAAACAAUUCGUGUUCAGUUUUGAGUCGGCAAUUCAGUUUGAAAUGGAAGAGUCAUCAAAAGUUUGCGGUUCUCUGAAAGAAGUCAUAAUAAGGGAAGGUUUCAAAGGAUCAGAGCCAUAUUUUAAGUAUUGCGAAAUAAUUAGACAACAAGAAGGGUAUAUGGGUGAUCUGCUUUUCAUUACAAUUCAAGAUAAACAUACUGAUGAAACAUUGGAUUUGAUGGUGAAAAGUGCAAAUACAGAGGAAACAGCAAGAAGAAAUUUUUCUAUAGAUCUAAUGUAUUGCAACGAAGCCAUCUUCUAUAAGAUAAUAUGGACAAAUUAUCUGAAAUUUCAAGAAAUAGCCCACUGUCCAGGGUUCUUCGAUAAAAUAUCCAAAUUUUACGUCGCAGAUUUAGAAGAAGGAAAAGAAAAAUUGUUUUUCGAAAACUUGAAAUCCAAAAAUUUCAAAACGAUAAACAAACACGUGGUUUUUAACAAAGAACAUUUUGAGCUGAUUUUUACUGAAUAUGGGAAAUUUCAUGGACUGUCUAUGGCGUUCAAAUCGAAGUUCCCUUACAGUUUUCGGGAGAUGGCCAAGGAUCUGAUCAACUAUUGGAGUGGCCUUGAAAAUAUGAAAAUGUGGCAAACAUGUCUUUCUAUUCGUCUACAGGACUGUGGAAUAUAUUUGUCACAGGAACCUAACAAAGACAUGAUCCAGCAAUUUGAAAAAUAUAUCGAUUAUGGAUGGAGGGGUUUUUCGAAAUCCACAGAGUAUGAUGGUAAAAACGCUGUAAUUACACAUGGGGAAUGUUGGCCAAGCAAUUUCAUGUUCAAAUAUAAUGAAAACAAAAAACCCGUUGACAUAAGAUUUAUCGAUUUUCAUCGGUCAAGAGUUGGAACUCCAGUUUUCGAUUUGUCCUAUUGCUUUUACGCUGGAGGAUCAUCGGAGAUCUUUGAAGAACUCGAUUACUAUUUGGAUAUUUAUCACAAAUCGUUGUCGAAUACCUUAAUGAAAAUGAACUGCGACCCAGAAAAAUUAUAUUCUAAGGAAACACUGAAAAAAGAGUGGAAGAUGUAUUGUAAAUUUGGGUUCGUGAUGGGACUUCUAGGGCUAAGGGAUCACACGGUUAGAGAAGAGUACCCAAUGGACAUCUCAGAGUUGCUUACUCAGGUCGAACACAUGAGAAUAUCUGAUACCAAUGAAAGAUAUAGUGCAGAGGAAGUUGAAGCGAAAUCAGUAGAAUUGAUUAAACACAUGUAUGUAAAUGGUUUCUUAUAGGAAAUUUGAUAUACCUACUUGAUAAUAUACUGAAUAUGGUUCAAAACUUCAAAAUAAAUAUUUUUCAUGGAUUUUUCUAAAUCUUCAA